AUGAAUCACAUUCGAAUCUUUUCAAGCAAAACAUAUUCAAAUCAAUUACGUUUACAACGAGCUGCAGAAGGACUUCUUUGGAAAUUAGAAAAAGAAGAUGAAGCAGUUGCUAAACCAACCACUUUAACUUCAUACAAAUACGAUGUCAUGAUAAGUUAUUCUCAUAAAGAUAAAGAAAUAUGUCUUCGAAUUCAUCAACAAUUAAUCAAUGAUGGAUUUCGUGUUUGGAUUGACAAUGAUUGUUUGCGUGGGUCUACCAUGGUUGGUAUAGCGAAUGCCAUCGAAAAUUCUCUAUAUGUAAUGAUAUGCAUGUCAAAUACAUACAAACAAAGUGUUUAUUGUCAAUCGGAAGCUCAUUAUGCCUUCGAACGACGUUGCCGCCUUAUUCCGAUCAUUGUUGAAUCAAAUUAUAGGCCUGAUGGAUGGCUAGGUAUCAUUGUCAGUGGUAAAAUCUAUGUUGACUUCCUCAUAAAUGAAUUUAACUUGGCUUAUGAAAAAUUGAAAAAUGAAAUUAGUGAACAACGAGAUCAAGCUUCAUUUCAAUUGCAGACAACAUCAGAAGAAAACAAUCAGAUCAAUAGAACUUCCAUGAGUUCAGAACAUGCUGUAUUAGUUUUCGAAUCGAUCAUGUGA